UGGAGUUCCGGUCGUAACGCUGUGCGCCUUGACAGACCUCGCGUUUCUUCCCGCGCCGGUUGAGGGCUUGCAGUUGAGGGGCGCCUGGGUAGCUCAGUCGGUUGAGCGUCUGACUUCAGCUCAGGUCACGAUCUCGCGGUCCGUGAGUUCGAGCCCCGCGUCAGGCUCUGGGCUGAUGGCUCAGAGCCUGGAGCCUGCUUCGGAUUCUGUGUCUCCCUCUCUCUCUGCCCCUCCCCCGUUCAUGCUCCGUCUCUCUCUGUCUCAAAAAUAAAUAAAUGAAAAAAAAAAAAAAAGAAAUUUUCUUCUAGGUCACUUACUGGUCUUCUUCUGUAUCAGGCAUCAUUCUGAGCAUUUAGGAUGUAGUAAUUAAGUUAUUCUUUUUAACAACCCUCUGAGGUUGCAACUGUUACCCCUGUUUGAAGAAUAGGAAGCUGAAAGACAUAUCUUGUGACACCAGGAUUUGAACCCGAGCAUAUACCCGUUCUCUUAAACUACCAUGCAAGGCCUAUUUCUCUAAGCCUCAGUCUCCUAGUCUAAAAAGCAGUAAUAAACAGACCUAUCUUUUAGGGUUUUGGGUAGGGUUAAAUGAAGCAAUGCAUGUGAAGGGGCCGAUGCUGGAUCUAGAUAUUAAUGAUCAGUUACUAUUAGCUGUUGGUUGGCCACUUUUCUGAUUUUCCUCUGGUGCUUUUGUUCUUUGUCUCCCUUGUAGUUUAUUCUUCGUCGGCCCGUUCUUUAAACAAUGGUAUUCUAGAGUUCCACUUUUGACCUGCUGUUUUAUAGCAUUCUGCAUAAUUUCCCUUCAGAAGGUUUAUCCACUUUCCUAGUUUUUAACUACUGCCUACUACCUGUAAUCUGAUGACCCAAUUCCAUACAUUUCCGCCAAGCUAUAGUCUGUUGUAGCCAAAUGUCUGCUGUACCUCCACCUUUGGGCAUCCCCACGUGUCCCUUGCGCUUGAUGUGGAUAAAACUGGAAAAUUUUUAAUGUAAAAUGGAACUGAAGGAUAUGAAGUGGAGAACCUCACACAUGCACCCGCAGAAAAUGGAACUCAAAAGACUGAGACUGACUUCUCACAAAUAACCUGAUUUAUAGAGGGUUGAAAUUUAUCCUCUGACCAAUGAGCAUCCACCAAGAAUGUCUUCCAUCUUCAAGCCAGUGAACUUGCUGCUUGGCCCCUUGCUGGUCUUUCCCCUCUUACACUCCUUGCCCAUAAAAGCAACUCAAGUAAAACCUUCAGCGGACUCCUACAGCUCGCUGAAGUUUGAAUGUCCCAAGUUGUAGUUCCUCUACUAUUCCUGAAUAAACUCAGUUUCUGGCAACUCGACUUUGCCUUAGUUUAUCUCUCUUCUCUUAGGUAGACAUUACAUGGUAUCAAAGUGAGAUCUGAAGAAGGUGAUCACCAGGAACACCAACCUCCAGAAAUAAAUUUGUACUGCACUUUGAAUGCUCCUCCUGACAUGGAGAGGAUUGAGGAACAAUUCGCUAACCUGAACAUUGUUAAACGCUCCUCGGGGACUACAGAGCCUACUUACCUGCUGGGCAUAGAUGCAUCAAAAACCGUACAAGCAGAAAAAGAAAGCUUGAUCGCUGUUUUAUGUUCUAACGGAUCAAUCAGAAUCUAUGAUAAAGAGAGGUUAUACAUACUCCGAGAAUUUCGUGGCUAUCCUGGACUUCUCAAUGGAGUCAAAUUUGCAAAUUCUUGUGACAGUAUAUAUUCAUCAUGUACUGACGGCACUGUAAAACGUUGGGAUGCUCGAUCAGCCAGUGAAAAACCUGUCCAGCUGUUCAAGGGUUACCCUUCCAAUAUUUUCAUUAGUUUUGAUAUCAGCUGUAAUGAUCACGUCAUUUGCGCUGGUACAGAAAAAGUUGAUGAUGAUGCAUUGCUGGUAUUUUGGGAUGCAAGAAUUAAUUCUCAGGAUUUGUCUACUUCUAAAGACCCACUUGGAGCAUAUUCAGAGACACACAGUGAUGACGUCACUCAAGUACGCUUCCAUCCCAGCAAUCCCAACAUGGUGGUCUCCGGUUCAACUGAUGGCCUGGUGAAUGUAUUUGAUAUUAGUAUUGAUAAUGAAGAAGAUGCACUGGUUACGACCUGUAACUCUGUUUCUUCCGUAAGCUGUAUUGGUUGGUCUGGGAAGGACUAUAAACAGAUUUAUUGCAUGACGCAUGAUGAAGGAUUUUGUUGGUGGGAUCUUAAUCAUCUGGAUACUGAUGAACCAAUUACACGUUUGAACAUCCAGGAUGUCAGAGAAGUAAUUAAUGUGAAAGGAGGCAUUUUGGACUAUUUGGUUGGUGGCCUGUAUCACGAAAAAAUGGACAAAUUGUUUGUUGUUGGGGGAACAAACACAGGAAUUAUUCACUUACUGAGCUGUACUACAGCAGGAUUGAUUCAUGUGACCAGCCUUCACGGAGGGCAUGCUGCUACAGUCCGCUCUUUCUGUUGGAAUAUGCAGGAUGAUUCUUUGCUAACCGGAGGGGAAGAUGCACAGUUGUUACUUUGGAAACGUGGAGCAUUAGACAAGACAUUUACAAAGAAAGACAGCAUGAAAAUAGCAUCCUCUGUGUACCAGCGAGUUCGAGUUCACAGUAAUGAUUCUUACAAGAAAAGGAAGAAGCAGUGAUGUGAUGUUGGGAGCUUCCUUGAAAGGUUUUAUAGUCGCAAGUAAUUAUCUUUGUGUUCUACCUGUGAUAGAUCUGUUUAAAGCUCAUAUGUAAAAACAAGCCAGUUAGCAAACAAUCCUGGAAAAACGCUGAAAAUGGUUUAAUUCAGGUCUUCAUGUAUUCUAAAAUUAUUUUUUUUAAAGCUGCCAGUUGAGUAUAUAAUCAGUGAGUUGAAAGUAAAAUUACAUUCCUCAUUUUUAAAACCCAUCUGUUGAGUUAGUAAAUGUUGGGUUUUAAGAAAUAGCUUUGAUAAGGACUUUUUAGAAGUAGAUGGCUGAUAUGACUUUAAAAAAUCAGGUGGUUUGAGCUAUAUUUUGUAAGCUCAGUUUUUUACAUUUUAAAUCAUCUUCAUUAUUUAUAAAACCAAAUCAGACUGUUUUCUGUCAGAGCUCCUACUUAAUACACAUAGAUUAUGUUGGAGUAUUUAAAUGUAAAUAUUCUAAUGAUUCUAAAUAGUACUAAGCUUUUUUAGAAAUAAAGUGAUUUGCGUCUAUUUAAAAAUAUAUAUUUAGUAAAUAUUUGCAUCUAUAUUUUAAAAUGGUUAAAUAGUAAGCAGGUAUUUCAUUGAGGAAAAAGAAAUUAUCUUGCAAAAUUCAUUUUGAGUCCGUGGAAAUACAACAAUGAAAGUAUAAUAGCAGAAUGACUUUUUUAUUUCAAAGUAGUCUAGUAUUUUGUGAUAAAAUUUUCUUUCAUAGUGCUUUAUCCAUAUUUUUAAACAUAAGAGCCAAUGGGGAGUGGGGGCCAUGCAAGAGUUGGCCGCCAGAGCUUAAAGGGGGACACCACCAUAAUCUAAUUUAAACGUGAAUUUUUGUUUACUGCUAAUUUUUUCAUCCUUCUACGUAUUUUUCCAAGGUAUCCUAAUAAAAAGUUGGUCACUCUAAAGGUUUAGUAUGUUCUUACGUUUAAUUAAAAAUAAAAAUACCUUUUUAUAGAUAAAAAUAUUUAUAAAAAUAUUUUAGAACGUUUUUAUCUUUUGAACUAAAAAUAUGCUUGAAAAAUACAAGCAUUACUUUAGAACCUUUUACAUUUCUCUUUAAAUGUUAAUAAUGACUUAUCUCUGCAAGUAGCAGUGGGGGAACUUUUUAUUCCAUAGAACAAUGCAACUUCUAUUUAGGUAUGAUCUGGCUUAACUCACUUGAGACUGAACAAUAGGCGUAGUUAAGUCACUCUUAAACAUAUUCAAAAUGGCGUCUGGGUGGCUCAGUCUGUUGGGCGGCCGACUGCGGCUCAGGUCAUGAUCUCGCGGUCUGUGGGUUCGGACCCCAUGUUGGGGUCUGUGCUGGCCCCUCAGAGCCUGGAGCCUGCUUCCGAUUCUGUAUCUCCCUUUCUCUUUGCCCUUCCGCUGCUUGCUCUCUGUCUCUGUCUUUGUCUCCGUCUCUCUCUUUCAAAUAAUAAACAUUUAAAAAAUGUUUAAAAAACAUACUCAAAAUAGAUAAUUCUUAUUUGGAAAAAUUCAGCUCUUCUUGCUGUUGUUCAAACCAUAACCCGGUGGUUAAUUCUGGACUUUUUUCUUUCCCCCUCACCAGUCAAUCACCAAAUCCUGUGCCAUUCCACCUCCUAAAAUCUGUCUUCUGUUCUUUUGCCUUUACCCCACCACUAUCGCCUUAAAUAAGAGUUUCAUCAUUUCUCACCUAGAUUACAGACCCUUCUCUCCAGUUUGUUCUUCCCACUGUUUCUAGGCUGACCAGAGAAAACACAGAUUUGAUAAUGCCUCAUGCUGCUUAAAAUCUUUGGUACAUUUUGAUCUUUUGAUGGAGCAAGCACUAUAUAAGAAUGAAAAACCAUAUUUCUAAGAUUCUUAGGAUUUGAGACAGUGCUGACUAUGUAAGUAGAAAAGCUGUAUAAAAAUAUUUGGAGACCUUGCAUGUAUAAAACAACAGGAAAUGAAACAGUUAUCAAAACAGUAUAAGCUUUCAAAAAUAUUUAAAAUUUAAAAGUAAUUAACAGGGGGGCGCCCGGGUGGCUCAGUCGGUUGGGCGUCUGACUUCGGCUCAGGUCAUGAUCUCACGGUGGGUGAAUUCGAGCCCUGCGUCGGGCUGUGUGCCAACAGCUCGGAGCCUGUAGCCUGCUUCGGUUUCUGUGUCUCCCCCUCUCUCUGCCCCUCCCCUGCUCAUGCUCUGUCUCUCUCUGUCUCAAAAAUAAAUAAAAACAUUUAAAAAAAUUUUUUAAAAAGUAAUUCAUAGGGUUGGAAGAUGGAGAUGAGGAAAUGUCUUUGAAAGUAGACCCUCAAAGAGACAGCAAGUGAGAGAAAAGGCAAAAGCCACAGAAGGUAAAUGUAGGGGUCUAAUAUCAGACUAUCCGUGUUUACAAUGUGGAAAAAGCGUUUUUAAGGGAGUGGGAGGGAUUAUUAAAACGAAAUAUUAGAGGCUAUCCCCAGAACUUUGUCUGGAGAUUAGAAGGCCAACAGAGUGUCAAAUGUAAUGAAUGAAAAAGACCCACACCGAGGCAUAGCACAGUGAAGUUUCAGAACUCCAAGAAGAAAGAGAAAAUUGUAGAAGUUUCCAAAGGGAGGGGAGAAAAAUACAAUCAUUAGGUACAAAGAUAACAUGUGCAUUAGACUCUUCAUUAGCAAAUCUGGAUGACACAAAAUGCUGGAUCAAAGUCUUCAAAGUCCUGAGGAUAGUUUCCUGCUAUCUGAACUUAUGCUCUCCAAACUCAUGAAUCAAGUAGAUGACCGUAAAUCUUUUUGAGACAUCCCUUACUAAGUGAAUGUUUCCUAUUUCCUCUCUGAAACUCAGGAACCAAAUUUACUUAGCUAACCAGAAUAUCCAUGGCUGAACAGACUCAUUGGCCACUGAGGAAUUAAAAGAUUUGGAUUUCAGGAGGUACUUGCCUCUUCAACCUAUAAUUCUGUAGGUCAAAUUGUCCUCACGUGAGGUUUAAAACAAUUUUUCUUAAACAUUUAUUUAUUUUCGAGAGACAGGGCAAGACAGAGCAUGAGUGGGGAGGAGUGAAGAGAGGAGGCGGGGGCAGGGGGGUGGACACAGAAUCUGAAGCAGGCUCCAGGCUCUGUGCUGACAGCACAGAGCGGGGCUCAAACCCACGGACCACGAGAUCAUGACCUGAGUCAGAUGCUUAACCAACUGAGCCACCCAGGCGCCCCCUCACAGGUGAGGUUUAAAACUCUUUCAGACAUAAAGAUUUCAGACUUCACUGUCUGUGGAGCUUUUUAAAAAGGAUACUGAAAGAUGUACUCCACAAAGGAUAAGGGAGAAAAUCAAGGAAGACAAGAGAUACCAAGAAUCAGGGCACCAACCCAACAUAGUGGCAGGAUAACAGCCUUAUAGCAGGCCCACAGUAUUAAGUCCAGGUCGGAACAAGAGGACAUAAGCUAUCAGGAGGGAGAUGUCCAGGGAGGAAAAUAAACUUGACAGAGGUUUCCCAGUGCAUUUGACCAUGUGGAAAAUGGUUAUGUGCCUUAAACUCACCAAUUGAAAGAAACCCUCAUAUUGAAAAUGAUUUAAAAAUACAAGUUUUUAAAAGAUUAAAAAAUAGAGGCUCCUGCGUGGCUCAGAUGGUUAAGCAUCUGACUCUUCAGUUCAGGUCACGAUCUCACGGUUGUGAGAUCGAGCCCCAUGUCGGGCUCUGUGCUGAGUGUGGAGCCUGCUUAAGACUCUCUCUCUCUCUCUCUCUCUCUCUCUCUCUCUCUCUCUCUCCAAAUAUAAAAAAUAAUCUUAAAACAAAGGGUUAAAAAAUAUAUACUUUCAGUGGUGCCUGGAUGGCUCAGCUGGUUAAGUGGCCAACUCUUAAUCUCAGGAUCAUGAGUUCAAACCCCCUGUUGCGCCCCACAUUGGGCCCCACCCUGGGAGUAGAGCCUGGGUGGCUCAGUCGGUUAAGUGCCCGACUCUUGAUUUCAGCUCAGGUCAUGAUCUCAUGGGUUUGUGAGUUUGAGCCCCACGUGG